AUGGGUGCGGGGCACUGCGAGAAGAUUUGCGACGAGCACCUCUUCAGGGACCCGGAAAUAUAUGGACUACUUCAGGAAAACGAGAAGGUUCUCGAUGCAGAAGAUCCCUGGCGUAUCGCCGCGACGAGGGGAAAAAUUUGCUUGAGAAGAUUACUACACAUCUCGUUGGCCCUUGCGGCGAUCCCGUUCUUCCUCCUAUUCGUCUGCCUGCCGUUGCUCAUCUUCCUCUUCCCCAACCACAUGCAGCACAUUUUCUUCCUCAACUUUCGGAAGAUCCCGAUGACUGACUAUGAAAAUGUUUCUUCGAACAACGUCCUCAACACUGGUCGCAGCUUCUACUUACAAGGAGAGCAGGGAAAACUUGGCGUCUGGCACACUUGGCCGAAGUCGUUGACCGAUUCGUUCAAGCAGAAGGGUAUCGUGCCAUCCGAUGCUGAUAUGGAGGAAUCGCUGGCCCGGAUGAAGUUUCCUGUCGUUCUCUACGCACAUGGCAAUUCCUUUGAUCGGACAAUCGAUCACCGUUGUCAGCUCUACAAUGUUCUCAACAACAUGGACUACCACGUCAUAGCAUUCGAUUAUCGAGGUUAUGGCGACAGUGAGGGUUCGCCAACGGAAGACGGCAUUGUGGCGGAUUCACGGCUCGUCUACGAAUGGCUCUUGCCCCGCAUCGGCGACAAUUUGCUCAUCAUCUGGGGGCAUUCAAUGGGCACUGGUGUGUCGACGAGGUUGGUCCAGGAUUUGUCGAAGGAGGGCAAGGCACCACACGGUCUCGUCCUUGAAUCGCCAUUCAACAAUCUUCACGAUGCGGUGAUGAACCACCCCUUCAGCUUGCCGAUCCGUUGGAUGCCCGACUCUUUGGUGAAUCUGCUGAUCCUGAACCCGCUCCGAUCGGUCGGCCUCAACAUGGAUAGCGACUUGAGAAUUGUGGACAUCACCUGCCCGAUCUACAUAAUACAUGCCGAGGAUGACCACGUGAUACCGGUGAAGCUAGGCCGUAUGCUACGGGAUGCUGCCCGAGCCGCCAAGCGUGAUGUGGAAUACCUGGAGUUCCCUUCGCAUCGUGAAUUCAAGCACAAAUUCAUCUAUCUGGCCGACGAACUGCCAAAGCAUGUCAGGAAAUUCUUCGACAAGUGCGACACGUUGCGGAACGGGACCCGCAUCGGCCAAUCAACC